AUGUUGCACUAUCUUUGUCUUCGCCGUCUUACAUCUCCAAGUAUUCUCUUCAAGUACUCAUCUGUAGCAUAUUCACAUCAUCAAGUUCAUGACGACAAAAAUAUUGAAAGAAAACCAAUAGACUACAGACCGGGGUCAGAUUCUUAUGCAUACGAAAAUCCAUGGCCAAAAUUAAAUGGUAGUCGUUUGGAUUGGCUGUUUGGUGAUGGUUGGAGAAGACCUCUUGCCAAAGAUCAAGGCGGUCAUAUUCGUCGUAACUGGAUUUGGUUUGGUGUAUCUCCAUAUAGUGAACAUGCUGACUGGUUAAAGUUUCAUCAGUAUAUGUUUGUACUGAUGACAGUUUUGGUUUCCUGGGUUACGUUGUAUUUCCUUAUUGCUGCCCCCGAUUGGCCCCAAGCUAGAGAUUGGGCAUAUCGAGAAGCUCAUUUGGAAAUCGCUCGAAGAGAAAAAGCAGGAUUGCCAUAUAUUAGCAAGGACUUAGUUCGACCAGAUAAAGUUGUUUUGCCAUCUGAUGAAGAACUCCAGAAUUUUGACAUCAUUAUCUAA